ACUUUUAACGUCAUUACGUAAACAUUCUGUGGACGUGGCGUGAGCAGUAAGACAAGACAACUAGCUAAUCGAAGGGAAGGUGAGACCGAAAAUAAUCCCCUGGAAGUAUGGAUAUUAUCCAGGUCAACUGAUUGAUCAGUGUUCACUUUGUCAGUGAAGGAAAAAAUGUCUAGUAUAAGCCAGCACUAUGGGUUCCAGUCAGCCACCAUGGUGCAGCCGGCAAAUGGCGGCCAUGCCUAUCUGUUUGGAAACAACGGCUCAGAGAAUGACCUGUCAGAAGAGGACGGGGAGAGCUAUGAGCUGCGGCCACGCGGCAGAGAGAGGUUGCGGAGGAGCACCUCCAGAGAGAGGAUGGACGAUAUUGUCUACCUGGCCAGAGAUAUCCAGGAGGGGGACACCCUGAACAGCAUUGCUCUGCAGUACCAUUGCUCAGUGGCUGAUAUAAAGCGGGCCAACAACUUCUUGACGGAGCAGGACUUCUUUGCCCUGCGGUCGGUCAAGAUUCCUGUGAGGCGCUUUAGUGUCCUCACUGAGACACACAGCACGGGACCUCUCAAAUCUGCCUCCCCCUUAGGUACCAGGCACCUGGCCCAGAUCUCACCCGGUGCGUCCCUCCCCUCUGACCUCUCCACAGACUCUUCCUCUUCCACUGACAGCGUGGAGGGAUUCCUCCUGGAGAAGGACAAGGACAUUGAGCGGCUGGUGAAAUCCACAGGUCCGUCUCGGAGCAGCUUGAACGAGGUUGUGUCCUCCUUAACGCUACAGCAACAGCAGCCACUGCUAGGGGAAGUGGAGUACAAACCGGUGCAGAAAAAGGAUCCUUAUUAUGGGGCAGACUGGGGCAUGAGAUGGUGGACGGCUGUGGCCAUCAUGCUGGUUGUGGGCAUCGUCACACCUGUGUUUUAUCUGCUAUACUACGAGGUCCUCAUGAAAGCUGAAGUCAGCCAUCACAGCGUUCCUACGCUGUCUCCUCACAUCACGCCUCAUGGACAUCACCAUGGCAGUAAUGCAGGCCAUCAUGUUGAAGACGAUGCCGGGGCUGGAAAUGUGGGAAAUGAAGACCCACAUGGACUAGAUGUGGCCAAAGCAGGAGACGGUGUACAUGGAUAUCAUGAAAAAACGUAACAGGGAUUAUAACAUUACACACAAAUUUGAUGCUAACUCGAGAGAUCUAAUAAAACUGGGUAGAUGUUCCCAUCGUCGAGUAGUUUUUAAUCUUAGACUUAAUACAUCAAUACAAUCUGUGUGACAGGGACAGUCACUUUUGUCAUCCCUUGUGUCUGUCCAUUUAGUUAUAUGCUUUUCAACAAGGACCAUCAAUGGGCUAAAAACAUGUCAUCCUUGGCUGAGUUAUCAGUGUAGCCAGUAGAAUUGAGGUGAUGUUUUUGUUAUCAUCUAUGCUGCUGUAUUCUUAGUAAGCUACACACCAACUGUAUCCAACGAGUUCAAAAACAAUACGGGACAGACAAACACACUUACCUAUUCCUUGUUAUUCAGUGAUUGAAGUUUAUCAUCAAUUCCAUGGAUUUGGUUUUUAAAGCAGCAUGGUCCAGCUGAAUAUUUUCAGUGGUAUAUUUUUAAUAGUGGAUUUUCCAACGCUAUGGGAAAGUAUGAUUGCUACCAUUGAGUUUUAUAUAAAGUUAAUUUAAUUCAAGUCUAUUGAGCAUUUAUUCUUUACUUACACCAUCAGUAUUGGAAGUACCAGUUAAAUGUCCAUGGCAGUUGCUUGAAUUUUUUUUGCGAAAUGCACAUUACUCCCAUAAUGACUUAUUCUUGUAAUUAUGGGAGAUUUUAGAAUUCGUUAUAUAGCCCUUUUAUUUUAUCACUGUCUCCACUUGAUACUUUAUGAAAAAGCAGUACAUGUUGACAGUAUGUGCCUUUCAACCUGUGGAAAUGUGCCACAGGCUGGAAAAUAAAUACAUCUAUUUUGAAUAAAUUAUUGCCAGUG